AUGACCAUCACCGCCAUCGCGGCAGCAACACCACCAAGGCCACCCUACUCUGGCACGCCUUGCACGGCGGUCUCGGUGGCUCAACCACCCCGUCCGGGUCAAUCUACGCCGAUUCCGCAUCUUAUGCUUCUCCACCACCCACCACCCCUGUCCCUACCCCACUAUUGUUCUCGCCCCAUUCAUCCCUCUUCUGCACCUCCCCUGCCGUUGGCUCUGCGCCAUUUAUCCACCACUGAUUUUGCGUCUCCGGCCACUUUUGUUCGGAAUUGA